CGGUACUGCAGCACUACAUUCCGCCCACACAAACACGGCCAUUCCGGAAACCUGCUAAACUUUAACUCCUGCUUUCAUGGCACAUUUUUGCCUGAAUGACAGUCUGAUGUUCAUUGAUGGAUUGACGGCGUGUUGACUGGAAUCGCGACGCGGCUAAUCGGUAGAGAUGGCGUUAUGGAUCCAGGCCCAGCAGUUACAGGGCGACGCCCUACAUCAGAUGCAGGCGCUCUACGGCCAGCACUUCCCCAUAGAAGUGCGCCACUACCUCGCCCAGUGGAUUGAGACACAGCCUUGGGAUGCCAUAGAUGUGGAGAAGCAGCAGGAGGAGUUUAAGGCGAAGCGUCUAUUGGACAGUCUGAUCCAGGAGCUGCAGAGGAGGGCGGAGCAUCAGAUGGGCGAGGACGGCUUCCUGCUCAAGAUCAAACUGGGACAUUACGCCACGCAGCUAAAGAGCACGUAUGAGGCUUGUCCGAUGGACCUGGUGCGAUGUAUCAAACACAUUCUCUACACGGAGCAGAGACUCGUACAGGAGGCUUCUAACGUGAGCUCUGCAGGGGGCGGGGCUACAGAUGCCACGCCUCAGAAAUACCAGCAGAUCAACCAGAUGUUCGAGGAGCUGCGGGCCAUGACGCAGGAGACGGAGAACGACCUGCGCAAACUCCAGCACAGUCAGGAGUACUUCAUCAUCCAGUACCAGGAGAGCCUGAGGAUCCAGGCUCAGUUGAGUAGUUUAGCGAGUUUGGCGCCGGCCGAGCGCGUGCAGAGGGAGACGAGUCUGCAGAGCAGGAAAGCUACACUAGAGGCCUGGAUAACCCGAGAGGCUAACACACUGCAGAAAUACAGACAGGACUUAGCAGAGAAGCACCAAAGGACUCUGGCAUUGUUGAGGAAACAGCAGACGGUGAUCGUGGACGAUGAACUGAUCCAAUGGAAGAGACGACAACAACUAGCUGGAAAUGGGGGACCUCCAGAAGGAAGUCUAGACAUCCUGCAGUCCUGGUGUGAGAAGUUGGCCGAUAUGGUUUGGCAGAACAGACAGCAGCUUCGGCGUGUCGAUCACUUAACACAACAGCUCCCCAUCCCCGGCCCCACAGAGGAACUGCUCAAAGAACUUAACGCUACUAUCACCGACAUCAUCUCAGCACUCGUCACCAGCACGUUCAUCAUAGAGAAGCAGCCUCCGCAGGUGUUAAAGACGCAGACCAAGUUUGCGACGACGGUACGCCUGCUGGUCGGAGGAAAACUCAACGUCCACAUGAACCCCCCGCAGGUGAAGGCCACCAUCAUCAACGAACAGCAGGCCAAAGCUCUGCUGAAGAACGAGAGCACCAGGAAUGACAGCAGUGGAGAAAUCCUGAACAACAACUGUGUGAUGGAGUAUCACCAAACCACAGGCACUCUGAGUGCACACUUCAGGAACAUGUCUCUGAAGCGCAUCAAGCGCUCGGAUAGACGCGGCGCCGAGUCGGUGACGGAGGAGAAGUUCACCGUCCUGUUCGAGUCGCAGUUCAGCGUGGGAGGAAACGAGCUCAUGUUCCACGUCAAGACGUUAUCGCUGCCUGUCGUGGUCAUCGUGCACGGUAGCCAAGACAACAACGCCACGGCAACCGUGCUGUGGGACAACGCCUUCUCUGAGCCGGGUCGCGUCCCCUUCGUGGUGCCUGAUAAGGUGUCGUGGCCGCAGCUGUGUGAGGCCCUGAACAUGAAAUAUAAAUCGGAGGUGCAGAGCGAGCGGGGAUUAUCGGAGGAGAACCUGGUGUUCCUCGCUCAGAAAGCCUUCAGCAGCUCCAGCAACAACCCCGAGGAUUAUCGCAACAUGACCAUGACCUGGUCCCAGUUCAACCGGGAGAGUUUACCAGGAAGGAACUUCACCUUCUGGCAGUGGUUUGAUGGAGUCAUAGAGCUGAUGAAGAAACACCUGAAGGCUCACUGGAAUGAUGGGGCGAUCCUGGGAUUCCUGAAUAAACAGCAAGCCCAGGACAUGCUGCUCUCCAAACCAAACGGCACGUUCCUGCUGCGCUUCAGCGACUCGGAGAUCGGCGGGAUCACCAUCGCCUGGGUGGCGGAGAACCCCAACAAAGCAGGAGAGAGGAUGGUGUGGAACCUGAUGCCCUUCACCACGAAAGAUUUCUCCAUCCGCUCUCUAGCUGACCGCAUCAGCGACCUGAACCACCUGCUGUUCCUCUACCCCAACCAGCCCAAAGACGAGGUGUUCUCCCGCUACUGCACGCCGCCCAACUCUAAAGCGGUGGGAGACGGCUACGUCAAACCAGAGAUCAAACAGGUGGUCAAAGUAGAGUUCGCCUCGUCCAAUCCUGAGCAGUCUCCUGGAAACCCCGCCUUUAUGGACUCCUCCCCCACCAUCACUCAGCCAGGCGGUUUCACUAUCUACCCUUCCAUCGGAGAUCCGAUCCUCGACGAAAGCGGGGAUUUCGAUCUGGACGAAACGAUGGACAUGGCCAGACAGGUGGAGGAAUUCCUAAGCCAGCCUUCGGAGGCGCAGUGGAGCGGACAGCAGUCGUGACCUUUGAACUACACAAAGUGACCCUUGGGGUUGCAUUCCAUUUUUUCCAUCAGUGUUUUUUUUUUUUUGUUGUUGUUGUUGUUUUUAAACAAAUGUGAACAUGUUCGAUAGCUCGCUAACGACUUUGCGAUGUUAUUCGUGACGCUGCUUCUUUGCAUGAUGAUAAUGUGUGCGUAGAAUACAGUGCAUUCAGAAAAUAUUCAGACCCCUUCAUUUUUUUCACAUUGUGUAAUGUUUUAGCUUUAUGCUAAAAUGCGUUUUUUUGUUUGUUUUUUUUUCACAUCAAUCUACACCCCGUACCCCAUAAUGACAAAGCAAAAACCUGAUUUGUGAUAACUUUGCAAAUUUAUUAAUCAGAAAAAACUGAAAUAUCACAUUGACGUAAGUAUUCAGACCCUUUGCUAUGACACUUGAAAUUUAGCUCAGGUGCAUCCUGUGUCUCUGGAUCAUCUCUGAGAUGUUUCUACACUUUGAUUGGAGUCCAUCUGUGGCAAAUUCAGCUGAUUGGACAUGAUUCGGAAAGUCACAAAAAUGAAAAAUGAAAAUGCGUAUCAGUGUAAAAACCAAGCCAUGAGGCCAAAGGAACUGCCUACAAAAGACUAGUAGGGAAGGGCUUGUAGGGAAGGCUACAAAAAAAUUUCUGCUGCUUUGAAGGUUCCCAAGAGCACAGCUGCCUCCAUAAUUCUUAAAUGGAAGAAACCAGGACUUUUCCUAGAGCUGGCUGCCUGGGGAGAAGCACCUUGGUAAGAGAGGUGACAAAGAACCUGGUGGUCACUCUGAUUGAGCUCCAGAGAUCAUGUGUGGAAAUGGAAGAAACGUGUAGGUCAACCAUCACUGCAGAAGGAACUGCAUCACUGUAGAAUGAAAGCUGAAUGCAGCAAAAUACAGAGAUAUCCUUAAUGAAAAGCUGAUCCAGAGCGCUCAAGACCUCAGACUUGGCUGAAGGUUUACCUUCCAACAGGACAAUGACCCUAAGCAAACAGCCAAGACCGGUCUGGUCUUUAUGGCUGAGUGGCCAGAUACAAGUCUCUCCUCUGUCCAAGACACAUGAAAGCCCGCUUGGAAUUUGCUCAGACUGUGAGAGACAAGAUUCUCUGGUCUAAUGAAACGAAGAUUGAACUGUUUGGGCUCAAUUCCAAGCGUCGUGUCUGGAGGAACCCAGGCAACGCUCAUCACCUGCCCAAUACCAUCCCAACAGUGAAGCAUGGUGGUGGUGGCAUCAUGCUUUGGGGGUGAUUUUCAGCAGCAGGGACUGGGGCACUGGUCAGGGUAGAAGGAAAGCUGAAUCUCAGCAAAAUACAGAGAUAUCCUUAAAGAAAACCUGGACCUCAGACUGGGCCGAGGGUUCACCUUCAAACAGGACGAUGACCCUAAGCACGCAGCCAAGACAACGCAAGAGUGGCUUAGGGACAACUCUGUGGAUGUUCUUGAGUGGCCCAGCCAGAGCCCAGACUUGAAUCCAAUUGAACAUCUCUGGAGAGACCUCUGAAGAGAAAAAUGGUUGUCCACUGAUGGUCCCCGUCGAACCUGACAGAGCUUGAAAGGAUCCGAAGAGAAGAAUGGCAGAAGAUCCCCAAAUCAAGGUGUGCAAGGCUCAUUGCAUCGAGUAGUGAGUUAGGGAUCUGAAUACUUAUGUCAAUUUCAGUUUUUUUUCUUUUUAAUAAAUUUGCAGAGUUAUCACAAAUCUGGUUAUUGCUUUGUCAUUAUGGGGUAUGGAGUGUAUAUUGAUGUGAAAAAAAAAUAAUUUAAAGCAUUUUAGCAUAAAGCUGCAAGAUAAAAUGUGAAAAAAAAUGAAGGGGCUUUGAAUAAUUGCUGAAUCCAUUGUAUCUGUUUUGCUCGCUAACCAACCAGGAUUAAAAUGGGAGAGAGGAAUUACGAAAAUAUUUUAUAUUAAAUACCGUAUACAGCGGAAGAUAUACAUGGGGCAUGAUGAAUUACCAGCCCUUAAAGCUAAUGCUAAUGCUGAACAUUUUGGGCCCAAUCUAGGUCAUCAGUUAUUGAAAGCUAACAGGAACUUGUACUCAGUUGAGAAACACAUUUAUCAAGUUUUAAAGAAUGUCUUCUUGAAAUUAAAGAUCAGCUGAGAAAAGUGUUGGAAAAGUGACAGGUACGAUAGCGCUGGAACGUAAUACAGCACUCACAAAAAUCAGUAGUUGAUCACUGAAUAGCUAAUAUUAGCUACUUAGCUAAACCAUUUUUUUUUUUUUUUUUUUUUUUUGGGUUUUCGAGAACUGUGAGAGUCGAGUGAGAUUAGGAGGAAUGGCGCGUCAAAAAUCUGGUGUUCCUGUAUUUAAAAAAAGAGAGAGAGAGAGAGAGUGUAGCUCCACCUUCUUGUUAGCUCAAGCUAGUUCACGAAUGUCCUCUGAAUUGCUUUUCCGCAUCGUUUGCUAGCUCUUUUUCACAAAACAAAUUCUUCGGUCUGAGCGCUGAUUAACACGUCAGUUAAAUCCCACAUUUCUAAUCGCAGAUACCAGAAUCAUUUAGAAAGCUACAGCUAUUCAACAUUUAUGAAAUAUCGCACUGAUCAUGUGAUUCAACUCAUUUCGCGACUCGUUUAUUACAAGUAGGUGUCAGAAAGUCUGUAAUUUUUCUGCGUAAUCUCCAUUUCGUUCAGCGCACGUGUUCCAGCACUUAACGAGUGUCUGGAUUCCUCAAAAAAACAAACAAACAAAAAAAAAACGAUUAAAUUGUAGUUUAAGGUUUUCAUUUGACUCACCCUUGUAACAGUGGGCCGGAUUCAGAGUCGGCGAUUUCACGCAGGGAAAGUUCCUCGUAUUCAGAGUCAGGUUACGCACGCACUUCUGAGCUCCCCAAUCACCUGCGUGAAAAACAAGCACUUGCCUUUAAAGCUCCGAAUAAAUCAGGGACAGAAGAAUGCAAUACGUUUUUUUUUUUUUUUCUUCCUUCGCUGUCAAACGUAAUAUGUAUGUGACAUAAACGCAAGAGAGAAUUUAAAAAAAAAAACAAAAAACACUAAUUAUAAUAUAUGAGUGAGAAGAUGGUGAAAGUUGAAAUAAAUCUAAUAGGAGACGAGUAUGUCGCCAAUAUAUCGCUGCAUGAGUAGUGUUAGUCGUAAUUCUGAGAUGAGUCACUAGUUUAAUUUAACAAAAUGGCUUCCACACUCACUAUUCUGCAGCGCAUAGAAUAGCACUUGAUCCAGCACAGACCAUUAUUAUUAUUAUUAUUAUUGUUAUUAUUAUUUUUACAUCGUGCUCAGACAAUCACUUGUGCGCAACAACUUAAUGAAAGUAAACUCUGAAUACGGUCCAAAGGGGCAAAGUCGGCUUAAUCGUUGUAGUAAUGUGAAGUAGUCAUAAUAUUAUAGCUACGAAUAGCUACGAAUAGCUAAAAUAGCUUCGAAUCACAGUUAUCAACUAAAAAAAAAAAAUUCCUAUCCCAUUUCAAGUUCACUUUGCCUAGAAAUAUAUUUUCAAAUGCUUCUUUGUAGCCUAACAGCAUAAAUCGCAAAAUUUAGCUGCAUCCAGGUUAGCUAAACUAAACUCAGAUUAGCUGAGAUCGAUCCCGCUUAGCUAGAAGAUAGCUGAGAUAGCUAAAAAACUAUCGAGAUUACCCGAGCUCAAUCCAGGCUAGCAUAUCUACUGUCCCCAGUUUAUCUCUAACUCCAGAGUCAAAACGCUAGCGUCCACAAUACCGGACCAAUAAUUAGCAUGAUUAGCGUUGGUCUUACUGUGGACUGUUUCGCUCUUUCCGUGCCUUAGUUGAGACGUGACGUCUGGCGGAUCGAAUGCCUUUCAAACCCGAGAAGUGCCGAAACAGGAAGUUAGAGCAGAACGAUUCCUUAAACCAGCUACUGUGUGUGUGUGUGUGUGUACACACACACUUUAGAUUUGCUAAAUAUUAGGAUGGAGACUUGUCUGAAUUCUCACUACCUCUGAUCAUAAAGGACCUGAACCCGUUUUUCUUGCCUUAUAUUUCUUUAUAUAUAUAUAUGUAUAUAUAUAUUUUUUUCCAGUGAUGCCUUCUUUAACAUUUUUAACUUUUACCCCAACAACAUCUUGACCUGUGUGAUCAGGAUCACUAAGAAAAUCUAGAAAUUUCCUUAGUGCCCAAACUUUAACCAUUACCUCACGAGUGUGUAACGGACCCGACAACCUGUGUGUGUCUCUUAAAUCUUUUAUUACGCGUUUAUCUAAUUCCACCCUUUACUCAUUUGUUGCUGAUAUUUUUGUGUUUAGUUUCAUAAAAAAAAAAGCCAUAUCAAGCUGGAGAGUGACCUUCAUGCUGAUUUUUGUUUAUUACGUGUUUUAUUAAUUAUUAUUCUUGAAUUAAUCAAUCAUGCCCUUUUGCGUAAUUCUUCAAUAUCAUUUUUAAUACACGAUAAUGUCCUAGUAAAGGCCGUAACAGUCUCUACUUUAUCUGAAUUUGUUUUUUUCCAUUUUGUUUUGUUAUAGUUUUUUUUUUUUUUAAUAUAGUUAAUUAUUCACUUAAGUUACUGUCAUAGUAAAAAGAAAAAAAAAAAAGAAAUAUCCAUAAUGUCGUCUUUUUUUUAGUUAAUUUUGUUACACGUGCAAUAGCAAUUGCACCCUUGUGGGAAAUUUAAAAAGAGUUCUAAAUUCAUUUUAAUUUCUUCAUUCACGUUACUGCCAGAGUAAACAUCAUAAACUCCAGCUCAUAAUUUUCGUUUUAUAUUUUUUGCUAUUUUAAAAUUGAUUAUCCCCCUGGAUUAGGUGAUUUAUUAUUUUUCUUUUAAAACACCUUUUUCUUAAUUUUUCUCCUUUUUUUUUUUUUUUUCUCCUCGUUUUGUCACAGUUUGACACUUUUUUUUUUUUUUUUUUUUCAUCCAAAACGCUUGUUUAUAUUUUAAAAGUCUCACUCUCUGUUAUUCCUUUUGCUUCAUUAACUUCAGAUUAGGAACUCAGGAAAACAUGCCAAUUAUAGAGAGAAUAUUUACGAAAUUAUUAUAUAUGUAUGAAUCUUAUCUAUGAGAAAUAGUUACUCCCGCAUUUUAAAAAAAAAAAAUACUGUUUUUUUUUUUUUUUUUUUUUUUUUUUAAUUACCUGAUGUUUGGCACUAGAAUGCCGUCUGCAGUAGGCAUGUGCCGAUAUUACGUUUUACAGUUUACCAUGAUGUAUUGACUAUGUCUUUAUCAGUAGCUGUUCUUAUUGGUCAGCGUUUUUAAGUGUACGUGAAUUACUCAGGAUUUGGCUUUGUCGUAAGCUUCCUGUGCAUGUGACACCGGUUUACUCAACAAUCGCUCACUAGCUCCGUAGCUCAGAUGAACGGAACUGUAGCAGAGAUAAUCUUUAAAAUAUCUAUGAAAAUAGUAUUAUGAAUGCCAAAUAUCGCAGUGUAACGUCUGAGUGGUGGGCGUUGAUUCAGCGUUUAGGUUAGCAAUAAUUUUAUCAGCUUUGGUUUAGUGGUUCGAUCAGCUGUGAAUCACUGAAUCGGUCGGUUUUGAAUCCUAGAUUCGGUUGGCUGUGACACCAGCUGAGGUUUGGCUCAGUGAACUGGUCACCUGUGAUUCAAUGAUCAGUUGAGUGACUCCUUGGUUUAAUGAAUGAAUCAUCACCCAUUAGUCAGCAGAAGCUCUCUGAAUCGUUAAGCUCACCGAAUCAGUUACAGAUGACUCAUUAAAUUAAGCAGCUGUGGCUUAUUGAAUCAGAUGAUGGUAGCAUAUUCAAUCGUUCGGCAGUAGCUCAUUGAACUGUUAGGAUGUGGUUCACUGAUUCAAUUAAGGUUGAUCAGCUGUGGAUGACUCAUUAAAUCAGUCGGCUGUGAUUCAUUGAAUUGUUAGCUCUGGCUCACUGAAUCAGUCAGUUGUGACUCAUUGAAUUGUUAGCUCUGGCUCAUUGAAUCAGUCAGUUGUGGCUCAUUGAAUUGUUAGCUCUGGCUCAUUGAAUCAGUCAGCUGAAUGUCAGCUCUGCCUCACAUUUACAUUUACAUUUAUGGCAUUUGGCAGACGCCCUUAUCCAGAGCGACUUACAUUUAUCUCAUUUAUACAACUGAGCAGUUGAGGGUUAAGGGCCUUGCUCAGGGGGCCCAGCGGUGGCAGCUUGGUGGUGCUGGGGAUUGAACUUAUGACCUUCCGAUCAGUAGUCCAACGUCUUAACCACUGGGCUACCACUGCGAAAAUAGUAGAAAAUAACACUACUACACGGCUCAUUGAAUUGUUAGCUCUGCCUCAUUGAAUCAGUCAUCUGUGACUCAUUGAAUCAGUCAUCUGUGACUCAUUGAAUCAGUCAUCUGUGACUCAUUGAAUCAGUCAUCUGUGAUCCAUUGAAUUGUUAGCUCUGGCUCAUUGAAUCAGUCAGUUGUGGCUCAUUGAAUUGUUAGCUCUGGCUCACUGAAUCAGUCAGUUGUGGCUCAUUGAAUUGUUAGCUCUGGCUCACUGAAUCAGUCAGUUGUGGCUCAUUGAAUUGUUAGCUCUGGCUCAUUGAAUCAGUCAGUUGUGGCUCAUUGAAUUGUUAGCUCUGGCUCAUUGAAUUGUUAGCUCUGGCUCAUUGAAUCAGUCUACUGUGACUCAUUGAAUCAGUCAACUGUGAUCCAUUGAAUUGUUAGCUCUGGCUCAUUGAAUCAGUCAGCUAUGGCUCAUUGAAUCAGUCUGAAUAAUUCAGUAUCGGCACAUGCCUCAUGUCUAUCCGUAACAUCUCAUUAGUGUCCGUGUGAAUAAUCUCUUACGACAUGUCGUGAUUUGUGUGUGUGUACCUGCUGCAGUAUUCCCGUUCCAGACCGGUGCUGUUAUGUCGCACGGCUCCAGUGUGCCGAUCUGUUAGUGAUUUCUGUUUUAUUAAUUCAAAACGGAUCCUGACGUCUGCAUUCCCACUCUGACGCGCUUUACUCUGCUCCUCUCCUUUUUUUUUUUGUUAGAUGUUAAGUGUGUAUUUGAUGUAACUUGGGAGACAAAAGAUGGUAAUAAAGUUUUAUAAAUAUUUUA